CACUGCUUUACUCGGCUCCGCUCUGCUCGGCGGGUGUUGGAUGGUGUCCCGGAGAGCGCUGAGGAGAGGCACGGACGGGGCCGGCCCGCGGUGCGUGGGAUGAAGUGAGCCUGACGCCUGCCCAGAGAAGAGAUCCUGUCCCCACAGAGCUGCCCGCCAUGAGCCGGGUGCUGCUGGCAGGCAGGAUGCAGCCGGAGAGCCGCAGCGUCUGUGUGUUCCUGCCCACCCGCGAGCAGCUCAGCCUCGUCGUUGGGGUCAAAGCCACUGGACAGGAGCUCUUUCAGCAAGUUUGUGAUUUAGUGAAGAUUAAAGAGCCUCACUUCUUUGGCCUCAGCAUUGUUAAAAAUAAUGAAUAUGUUUUUAUAGACCUGGAACAGAAGCUUAGCAAAUACUUCUCAAAAGAAUGGAAGAAAGAGACCACGAAAGGAACAGAAAAAUUCAGCCCUCCUUUUGUUGCAUUCUUUAGAGUACAAUACUAUGUAGAAAAUGGAAGAGUAAUAAGUGAUAAGGUGGCACGGCAGCUCUACUACUGCCAUCUCAAAGAGCAAGUUCUGAUGUCUCGGUGCAACCACAAAGAAGAAAUCUACUUCUUGCUGGCAGCCUACAGCUUACAGGCAGACUUGGGCAACUUCAGAGAGAAGGUCCACACUGGCAAAUAUUUUGAACCUCAGGCUUAUUUCCCACAAUGGAUAAUUGCAAAGAGAGGAAGCAACUACAUCUUGAAACAUGCCCCAGAGAUGCACCGAGAACAGCAAGGGCUGAGUGCUAAGGAUGCAGUGCUGAAGUUCAUUAAGGAGUCCUGCCUGCUGGAAGAUGUGCCUGUCCACUUCUACAGGCUGCAGAAGGAUAAGAAGGAGGAUCGCCCGUCAGUUAUCCUGGGCCUGACCCUCAGAGGAAUGCACAUCUAUCAGGAGGUGAACCACGUUCGACAGCUCCUCUAUGACUUUCCCUGGUCACACAUCGGAAAGCUGGCGUUUCUGGGGAAAAAAUUCGAGAUCCAGCCAGAUGGUUUGCCUUCUGCACGGAAACUGGUUUACUACACAGGUUGCCCCUUCAGGUCACGGCACUUGCUGCAGCUCCUCAGCAACAGUCACCGGCUCUUUCUCAAUAUCCAACCGGUGCUGAAGCAAAUCCAAAAGCUGGAGGAGGCUGAAGAGAAGAAGCGCUACCGGGAGUCCUAUAUCAGUGACACACUGGACAUGGACCUAGACCCAUGCGAUAAGAAUUCUCGUGGCAGUGGGAGCAGCGGGGGCAGCCGGAGGGACAACCGCCUCUCACGCCAGUCCACGGGGAGUCACGGCAGCUCCCACACAUCAGGCAUUGAGGCUGACUCCAGGCACCGGGUGUCAGUGGAAAUGUCAGUGGAUGAGCCCUUCAGUAUCGACCGAGUGCACAGGAAAGAGAAAUCCUGUAGCUCAACCAUCAGCUACGGCAGCUCAGGCAUUGACAGUGGCAGCAAAGGGCGGGCUGAAGAUGACUCUCAGGAUGAUGAGCUUGAGCUGGCAGUAGAUGAGCCAGAGGAGGUGCCUGUAGAUGAGCCUUUAGAGGGAGACCAGUUAGAGGAGGCCACUGUGGGAGAAUCUGUUGAAUCUCUUCCUCUAGAUGCUGCUAGCUGCCAAGCUAUAAAUCGGGAAUCACUGUCUGUGGUGCAAGUCACGCUAAUAAAAACAAGAGGCCAAAGUGUGGAAUCCCUUCACCAGGUCAGAUCGCUCAAAAACAGGAGCUGCACAGACCAGCACAGCCAGAGUUUGGAUGACAUCCGCCUUUACAAGCAUCAGCACCCACCACUAAGUGCCACGCUGUCUUCAGACACGUCCCACAGCUACACAUUUGGCUGCAGCCUGGAGGAUAAGCUGUCUAUCUAUGGCUGUGUUUAUUCCACAGCAGACUGCAAAACUAAGUCUGCUCUUUAUGGGAAGAGAUCCAUGAACUGCCUCUCCUUGGAUCUUCUUGGAGAAGACCAGCUCCCGGAGGAAUUUGUGGUGUAAUGAGAUUGGAGCUCUUCCAUACCAGGAAACAGCUCGUCAUGGAAAUAUAUACCUCAUUAACACAUGUGAUGUCACUCUGGCUCUUGCAGGAGAUUGUGAGCAGCUUUGUUAUUCAGCUCCAUAAUCAGUAAGUGGCAUCACUUCUGCAGACCUGACUAAAGGGCAAAUCAACUGGAGUGUAGCACUUAAUGUUUGCAUUUGAAGUGUCUGAGCAAAAAAUUAAAGUGACCUGCACCAUUAGCAGUGAUACAACCAACAUAAAAACCAAAAACCCUGGACCAAAACUGGCACUGAGCUAGUAAAGCAAACACUGUCUUAAAUGGAUUUAUCAGAAAGAAAUUUGAAGUUGGUGUCAGUUUAUCUUCCUGCCUUUCUUUUGUGGUUCACUUAAGUUAACCAAACUAUCUGUACACUAGCAUUGUCUUGAGUAUGUGCUGCUACACCACUGCCAAACAGCUGUCAGGUCAGGAUAUACUCUGAGCACAUUUGAAGGGCCGUGUAUGGAAGUGUCUAGCCUGUGCUGUUGUAAUGAACACAAGUUGCCUGUUUGCUUUACUGGGAGCAAGACCUGCUCUGCCAGAAGUUCUUCUUUUUGCUUUUUUUUUUUUUUUCCUUGCAAGCAUCCAGCCAAAUACAUUGUGUGUUCUGUCUUCCUUUUUUCUUUAACGCAACAAAUUGAAAUGUCUCUCAGCUGUUUACUACUACUGCUGUGAUGCAGACUGGUAAAUAAAUGCUUAUAUCUUUAGGGAGAUGGCGCAGGGAAUAAAACAAGUGACUUGUCUUCUGUGCUCUCAGGAGCAGCCAAGUUAAUUGACUGGCUCUUGAAGACAGGAGUGUGACUGGAGAAUUUGUCCAGGCAUGAUCACCCCUUAACGCUGAAUCAUACUUUAAUGUUGUUCUUUUCUUUGUUUUUAAUAAAUCUGUUUCUUAAAAGUCUUUCCCUCUGCUUAGGAGGCAAGUAUGGACCAGAGAGAAGUCACUUUGGAAAGGACAGGUGGAGUGACUGUGUCCUACUUAGUCAUGGAUAGGUCAUGCAAAUGUGUGUGUGGUGCUGCAGGGCUGGCAGUGAUGGAAGCAUAGGAUGUUUGUGUGUCAAACAAAGGGUACUUUUUUGGUGAUUUUGAGUGGUGGAGCUGGCUGCGCUGGCUCUCACUAGGAAAAUAAUGGUUAUUAUGCUGUUUGAUGGAAGCAUUUGGUGUGGAAAGCAUCCUGCUACCUUGUUACACCCAAAUAAGUCUAUGUUCAUUUGAUUUCCUUCCCUGCCUUUCCGCAGUACCUCCUCUCCGUAUCAAUUCCCAGCAUUUGGGAAGCUUGUACUUACAGGCAUGUGUAACCUGUGCCCAGGUUUUGACAGCCUUGCAGGUGGAAGCUAAUAUUUUUUUGCAAACUCUAGAAACAGACUGAUACUGGUUGAGGAAGUGCUUGUUGUGCAGUGCCUAUCACUCAAAAGCUGAAGACAGCCAGGUUCAGGGAAGGAAGGAAGCCAGACCACAGUGAAAAGGGUUGGACCUGCUGCUUUGACAGUGGGCUUGCAGGCUUAAUUGUGUUCCCAUAACUUAUUAGAAUCGUAGAUCUGUGAAGUUUUUCAACUCCCUGUGUCUAUCCAAGUGAGUGUGGUGUAGAGACAGAGUGUGAAGGUGCAUCUGCAUUUACUAAAGUGGCAUCUGUGGUUGUACAUCUCCCGAGAUGAAUCUGGCACCAAACCCUACCUGUGAGGAAUGAAUGAUGAGCACAAGCUCACCAUAGUCAUGACUUAUUUGACUGUGACCUCUUUGAUCAUACUACUCUUCCUUUUUGUAAUGAAUAAUUAGGAGCUGUGUAUUCACCAUAACCUCUUUUAUUCUAAGCAAAGCCAAAAUGCCUUUACAGAGUACCUGAGGUGCAUUUACUUAAUCCAAAAUAAACUCUCCUAAAUGGAUCUAAAUGGACAAGUGGUCCAGUCCAGCAUCCUGCUGUUGGUUGCUCCCUGUUACCUGGGCCCUGUUUGGCCAUAAGCCAUGGAAGACAAGGCACAGCCCAGAUUCAGGAGGCUUGGGGCUGUGCUGCAGGGAGCAACCUUGGUUUUGCAGCAUCACAGAGCUAGAGGUAUGGUUUUUAUAGCAGUGGUGCCUGUCUGUCCAAGGGAAAGGUGGGGGGUCUGGAGCGCCUGUCCUGCUAAACUUGCUCUCCAACCAUGCAGACACAGUUACUUGUGCUUGUGGCAAUGUCUGUUAACAGGAAAGAACCUCAAAACUCAGUGGGUAUAGUUGUUUGGAAAAAUGUCAUAAAAUGUGUGUGCACCACAUGCGCACAUCUGUGCACACUUGUCUCAAAAGACAAUCCCAUUCAUACCUGCUUCAGCCUAACCACCUUACUGAAGUGGUGAUUGCCACAAAGCAGAUUGGUAGUUUCUUGCAAUUACUAAGCACUCGAUGGAUGUGGUGAAAUCCACCUGUAAUACUGCUGUCGCUGGCUGUAAAGCAUACCAAUACUCAAAACUAGUGUAAUUGGCUCUUGCAUGAGCAUCCACUGCCUUGUAUGUAUGUAAGGUUUUCUUGUAUUUAUUCAUGGCUGGUGGGGAAGGCAAACUCUCAAGGUCUGUCUUCUCUCGGUGGUUUAUGCAGCUUCCUCUAGAACUGCAAGUUACAUAUGCAUAUGAAGGGGAGACUGGACACUUUUGUGUAUAGACUGAUAAUGAAUGAAUAUCUUACAAGCACUGUGAAUAUCUAUUAUGCAAGUUUUUGUAUUCAUAUAAAAAAAAAGAAAAAACAAGAAAACAAAAACCCCAACAAAACAGCCCUGUUCCUGCUAGUAAUAGGCCUAUUUUUUGUUUGUAUUUGAAUUUAGAAGGUCUCUUGCUGUUUUCAGUUUGGAUUAGUUUGGUAGAGGGUAACGUGUAAGCAUUUAUUAGCUGAUGGUAGAAACUAGCUGCCAAUAUUUGUAUAUAUUUGUAAAAUACUCAUGGUAUAAUCACUCUAUUUUAAUGAUAAAAGUUUCUCCUUUCCAUGAAAGGAAUUUCUUGUUAAAAUAAAAUAUAAAUAAUUAUAUGUAUACCUGCAAUA